CACGUCACAAAAAAAAACUGUCAGAUUUAUCAGACAUUCAUUCAUUUACAUGAACAAUUACAAAAGGCCAUCUCAGUGUGUGUACAAAUCUAUACAUACAGUUUAAGGGUUUAUAGAGAUGGUAAAAUUGGGUAGUCAAAACUCAAAAACAACAAUUAUUAAAGCUACCUGUGACUAAAUAUACUCUGUGAGGCGCCCCAAGAGUUUUUUUGGAGGACUCUUUUUUUUUUCUUUUUUUCCUCCAUCUCCAUAAAUAUGCACACUUUCUGAAACCCUAGAAAAAAAAAACCGUUUAAGCAAAUUUCUUGUUGAAUUGUCUCAUUCAAUCUACUUUUUUUCCAAAUUAUUUAGAAGGGGUGGGCGAUAAUUUCAUAUGUGAUUAAUUAUCGAUUUGGGUUCUGAAGACAAAAAAGGAAAUUAUGCGGGGGAAGGAUCCGCCGCCGCCGGAUGAGUUCCGAUGCAAGCGCACCGACGGCCGUCAAUGGCGGUGCAAGCGCCGCGCGAUGGACGGGAGGACGCUCUGCGACAUUCACUUCCUUCAGGGGCAGCACCGCCAGCACAAGCAGAAGGUGCCGGCGUCCCUCAAGCUGGAGAGGAACGCGGCCAAGAAAAGCGUAAUUGAGAACGGGGAGGGCAGCCGUAGGGCUUCGAGGCCGCCGCCGGCGACGCGGCGGGCGAAGUGCGUGUCGGAGUCCCUGGACGAGGCCCUGAGGAGGAUGAAAUUGAAAAGGGGCGACCUGCAUUUGGAGCUGAUGAGGAUUUUCCUGCAGAGGCAGGUGGAGAAGAAGAAGGAGAGAGAACUGAAGGAGAAUGCAGUUGAGGACGAGACGAUGGAGCUGCCUUAUGGAGUGAUGGCUAUUGCACAAUCUUCGCCUUCGAGUUUACAGAGAAUUCGUGAGGGCGAUUUUUUGGAUGUGAAAAUUGGGGCGAAUUCGAACUCGAACGGUAGUUUUUUCUUGCAGAGGCACUUUCGGUCGAAAAAUAUUGAACCCCUACCGAUUGGGACAAUGCAGGUUGUCCCGUUUGCGGAGAAUGUGAAGAAGAUGAUAAAGAUCAAGAAAUGCCAUUGGUGUAGGAGAAGUAAAUGUCCUAGCUUGAUCAGGGCCUUUGAGAAGCAAGAAGUGAAGGCUAAGUGUCCAGCCUGUCGUGGGGCUUGUGUUUGUCAGCUCUGCAUGAAACAGAAAAACAGAGCUAAUCAUAAUUCUAAGGAUUCUUGUAGAGGUGGAAAGAAGUUGGAUAGAAAACAAUUGCUUCAGUAUUUAAUUCACACGCUUCUUCCUGUGUUGAGAAAAAUUAAUCAUGAUCAGGCCAUUGAACUCGAAACAGAAUCUAAGUUCACUGUUCUACUUGCAACAGGCAAUGAACAAGCUGAAAUGCAGAUUACACAGAGUAAAUUAAAUAUUCAUGCAUCACCUUGCUGCAACAAAUGCAAAGCUUCAAUUGUGGACUACCAUAGGACCUGCACGAGCUGUUCGUAUAAUCUUUGCUUAAAUUGUUGCUGGGAAGUCUCUCCACAUACUGUUUAUGGGAGUUUUACUCUCAGAAGUUGCAAGAAAAGGAAAAUCUCUUCUUCUAACGAUGAGUUACCAUCUGAAAAGAAUAAUAUCACAAGGCAAAACUGGGAAGCUGAAGAAAAUGGAAAAAUCCCUUGCCCACCAACAGAUAUUGGAGGUUGUGGUAAAAACACUCUCGAUUUAAGAUGCGUAUUCCCCUUCGACUGGUGUAGAGAUUUAGAGGUAAAAGCCGAAGAAAUAUUGUGUGAGUAUCAGUUUACAGAAAACUCGAAUGCUUCUCCUUGCUGUUCACUGUGCAACAAUGGUGAAUCCAAACUGCAUAGAGAAUUUAAUCGGAAAAUCGGUAUUAGUGGGAAUAAUUAUCUCUACUGUCGUGCUGUAAAAGAUCUUCAUCAAGAAAAACUCGAGCAUUUUCAGAGUCACUGGGUUAAGGGUCAGCCUGUUAUUAUACGAAAUGUGCUCUCAGGAGGCCCCACAGGCUUGUGCUGGGACCCAGUUAACAUGUUGUGUUUGUAUUUGGAGAAUAAGAGCUCCGAAUCUCGUGAUGAUGAAGAUGGCUCGAAAGGAAGGAAAUGUGUCGACUGGUGUGAGGUGGAAAUUGAGCGGAAGCAGAUAUUCAUGGGUUCGCUCGAGAAGAGAACUCAUGCAAUGGUUCGGAAAAAAGUUGUAAAAUUCAAAGCCUGGCUUUCGUCACAUCUAUUUCAGAAGCAGUUCGCGGAGCAUUAUAACGAGAUCUUGAGUUCUUUACCGUUUCCAGUUUACAUCAAUCCGAUAUCUGGCCUUUUGAAUCUCGGUGCGAAUUUGCCGAACGAGUUUUCAAUGCCUGAUUUAGGACCGUGUAUUGAUAUUUCAUACGGAGGUCCAGAGGAAUUUUUGCAGGCUGAUUAUUUGUCAAAACUGUGUUAUAAAUCACACGAUACGGUUAACAUUCUCGCUUAUGCUACCGAUGCUAAAAUCUCACGAGAGCAAAUUAACAAAAUCGAGAGUCUGAUGAAAAAGUACAAGAAAGGCAAAUCACCUUUGCAGAGUGAGGAGGACACAGGUGAAUCGGGCUUGCAAGACAAUAGAGAAAAGAAGGUUUUGCCCAAUGGAAUAGGAAUUUUACCAUUUUACCCUCACAACGUCGAAAAUGGAAAUAAUUUGUCUGAUGAUGGCGAAGAAUCUGAUGGUGAGGCGUCGAUUCUUUGCUGUGGGAGUGUUGAAAACUCCGAAGACUCUUCUGAUGACAUAGAGAGCUCAGUUUUCAACAAGGAUAACAAUCGAGGGGAUGAUGUUACAUGUGGGGCCCACUGGGACAUUUUUCCUCGUCAAGAUGUACCGAAACUUUUGGAGUAUCUUAGGAGACAUUCGAAGGAGCUCGGCUCUGCAUCUAACUACUCAAAACACGUUCAUCAUCCCAUUCUUGAUCAGAAUUUCUUUCUCGAUGCGUAUCAUAAAUUGAAGCUCAAAGAGGAGUUUGAUGUUCAACCUUGGAGCUUUGAGCAAUACAUUGGAGAAGCUAUCUUCAUUCCUGCUGGAUGUCCAUAUCAAAUAAGAAAAAUAAAGUCGUGUGUUAACGUCGUUUUGGAUUUCGUCUCGCCUGAGAAUGCAACUCAGUGCAUUCGGCUGAACGAUGAGAUUCGUUUACUGCCAAAACGGCACCAAGCCAAAGGGAAAGUGAUGGAGGUGGAGAAAAUGGCUCUUCAGGGCAUUAGUUCGGCAAUCGAAGAUAUACAAAACCUCAUGCAUGUCGAUCAAUUAAAGAUGUGCACCGAACUUUCAAGCCAUUCUUUUGCUUUUUUACAUGGCAUGAGGCACUUUUCUGCUUCUCCUACUAAAUAUGUGAAUGAGAAAUCUCUGCAUUUGCUUAAAAGAUUUGGCAAGGAAACGAAUCUCACUGACCCCACCUCCACCCCCAACCUUCAUUUCCACACUCAGCACCACCUGGCUGGGAAAGGCAAUAGGAGACUUGAUCAGACUUCCCUCCAUGCGUUCAGCGGUGAAGGCGGCGACAACUGGCGAGACCUUGGAGCGGCGAGCGGCAAUGCAGCGGCACAGAGAGUGACUCCGAGCCGCAACGACAAAGGCAACUUCCAUUCAGUUCGGUUCGAUUUUCAAGGUUCGGUUUUCGGUGCGGUUAAAAUUUUGAAAAACCGCAAAGAGUUCGCUCUCAACGAAGCUAUCAUGGCGUCGAUGAUUUCCGAGACCCUCCCAAAAUUCACAGCUGAAACCCUAAAGCUUGCGGCGAAGCAAUCUGAACGUUGCCGCGUGAUUCCAGUCCGCCUCCGCCGCGCCAUCGACAAGUAUCUUAAAGAGCAACAAGUUGAGCACAUGAGGAGGAAAGUGCUGAGCUUGUCCCAAUCAUUCAAUGGAAUCAAGGAAGUGAAUUUGCUCUUGCCGAGCUCGACCUCAAAGGAGCUUGUGGAAGAUCCAUUCAAAUCCAUGGAGCGCUCACAGAGGUGGAAAGUGAAGACUGCUUAUGGAGACAUUGGUCUUAAGUACCAAGAAGAGCAGGCGGUAGCGUAUGUUGCCGCUCGUAUGCCUGCAGUCUACUCGGCUCUCUAUCGUGUGCUCAAUGAGGUCAGAAGAAGAGUUCCAGAUUUUAAUCCAGCUAAAGUGCUAGAUUUUGGGGCAGGAACUGGUUCAGCGUUAUGGGCAAUCAUGGAGGUGUGGCCUGGGUCUUUGGAGCACAUUAAUUUGGUCGAGCCAUCACAAUCAAUGCAAAGAGCAGGACAAAGCCUAGUGAAAGAUAUAGAAAAAAUGCCAAUAAUUCAAAGCUACGACAGCAUCCAAUCAUUGACUAAGCAUAUCAACAAGUCCGGCAGACGGCAUGAUCUGGUCAUUGCUUCAUACGUACUUGGAGAGAUAUCAUCGUUGAAGGACAGAAUCACUCUUGUGCGCCAGCUCUGGGAUCUUACAGAUGAUAUUUUGAGAACCCGCAAAUUGCAGAAUGCAGCGAAUAAAGCCUCUAAGGAUUUGAUGACCCUCAAAACUGGUUCAUUUGUUGUUGCUCCUUGCCCCCAUGAUGGACCUUGCCCGUUACAGAAUACAAACAAAUACUGUCAUUUUGUUCAACGUUUGGAGAGGACACCAUCUCAGCGGUCGUACAAGUGGUCCAAGGGUCCAUUACGUGGCUUUGAAGAUGAAAAGUUUUCUUAUGUUGCUUUCAGAAGAGGCACAAGACCAAGAGAGCCUUGGCCACUUGAUGGUAUGAAAUUCGACACUUUGAAAGAGGUACAGGCUAAGCGAACACCGGAAGACUUGGAGAUUGAUAUGGAUAGCCAAUUUGAUACCGAAGAGGAAAUUACAGCCACAGAAAAUGAUGAUGAUGACAAUGCAGAUCAAGAACCGGAAAAUGGCGAUUCUGGUGAUUAUAAUGAUAAUGAUGAUGAAAGCUCGAGAGCUGAUCUGGGGAGUGGGUGGGGAAGGAUUAUUUACAUGCCCUUUAGGAGGGGAAAACGAGUUGAGAUGGAUGUUUGCCGAGCCACAAAUGACGAGGGCACACAAGGCUCGUUUGACCGUGUGGUGGUUACACAGAGUAAGAACCCUGAUUUGCAUCAUCAGGCUCGUCGAUCUAUUUGGGGUGACUUGUGGCCGCUUAGGAGUGGAAAAGUUUCCAAUUUCCAUCUGUAGAAUUAUAUUAUUAUAGUCUGGAGAAAAGAAUUUGUGUUGUAAUUAAAGAUGUUAAAUGGGUCAUUGGUCCCUAUUGCCGGAAAAAUAAUAGGGUGAACUGUGAAGCGCAAUUUUGUAGGUUAAUCGGUGUCUGCUAGCAUGUUUUGAUUGAUGUACACGUUUUUUUCAUUAGCUUUAUUUAUUCCUUUUUGGUGUUAUAGAAAAAAUAUGUUAGUUUUAUUUAUAUAAUACUCAUAAACUUAUUUUGUUCGGAAAUUUAUUGCUAUUAUUUUAUAUGAAAGAG